ACGAGAAGCCGAAGCUCCUUCUUCGCCGUCCUUCCUCUAGAAACCGUCUUCGGUGUAACGAUCCCGAUCUUGUCGCUACCAAAAUCCUGGUGUCUUCCCUUCUCAACCAUCCUGCCCUUUCCCUUCUUAUUCCUCCGGUGGAGGCAGCGAAGAGGGAAGACAACUGCUCCCUCGUUUAAGGGUGCCGGAAGGGCUCUGGCAGUAGCGCAGAGAGCUACGGCUAAGCCCAGUUCCCCCUCCUUGCUGCCGACCCACCUGGUGAACCCUCCGUUUGCGUCCCUCCCCGCCUUCUCUGGUCGUCACCGGUCGGUUUCCGGUGUCCCCACGUCUGUUUUCCGCGAUUGUGAAUGGUGGGUACUCGUGGUUUGAUGCUGGCUGCUACCGGUCACUUCUCUCAGGGGACGACCGAGCGGAGGGCGGCCUUGCACUCCUUCGGAACCUGCAGCGGCGGCUGGUACUACCGCUGCCUCGGCCUUGAUCCCUAAAUCUUGCCUCCACCCCUCCGGCGGAGCUCCCGCUCCCGCUUUCUUGCUGCAAAACGUCGAUCCGGAACCUUGUUCAUCUUCCUUCGGUGGCGAUGGAACACGGGCUCAGCCGCGCAUCUGAGAACAGGAGCAGGGUGCCGAGGUCUCUUUUCAUGUCGAGCGCAAAGAAGAAUCAGAUGAAGAGCAAUCGGCUGCUAAUCAGCGUCACAGUCAUGGGAAGCGCUGGGCCUCUUCGAUUUCUGGUGAAUGCAGAUGAAAUGGUGAUGUCUGUUAUCGAGCAAACGCUCAAGUCUUACGCGCAUGAGGGUAGGCGCCCGAUUCUGGGGACGGACUUCAACAAUUUCCUUCUCUACUGUGCAAAUGGUGUAUCAGAUGCACUGUGCCCGAAAGAUUCGAUAGGAUCAUAUGGUGGGAGAAACUUCAUACUCUGUAAGAAGCAGGGAAUAGAUCUUCACAAUGCAGAGGUUGCUGCAAAAGCCACCUGUGGAUGGAAGUUCUGGCUUAACAAAUCUCUUCACCUCAAGAUUUCGUCUCAUUGAUCUCAUCUGGCGAGGCUGAACACCAGGUGGACUUGUGUUUGAAUUGGUCUUUUGCUCUGUAACUUGCUCAGCAAGAUGCCCUUGUUUUUCUCCUUCUGUUUCAGAUGGCAUACUUAUUCCUGUCCUCUCAUUUUCCUAUAUUGUUCUUCCAACUUUGUUGCUAUUUUCUAAAUUAUUUCAGUAUGUUUCCUUUC